CUAUCGUUCUACUCACGGUCAAGCCGAGGCUUGAGACGCAGAAGAACCCGGAAGUAAUGUUGCCGGCAGCAGAACCCGGACGUGAUGUGGCAGCAGUUGACCGUUGACCACAGGGUAGCGAACGGUUCACUUGAUGAUCAGUAGAUGAGAGGGAAGCGUCUGCAGCACAGACUCCUCUUCCAUCCAGGUGACAGUAUCGUAUAUACUUCAUGUGAGGUGCAUGUGGUUUAGCGCUCCCCUUCACGUCUGCGUGUUAAGUUGGCACUGUCGUGGUAGCAUUGCAUUACAUAUGGGCACAAAACUCAGGAACCCUCAGAGAUAACGUCUCAAGAGUGAAGGUCCAGAAAGCUUCUCUUUUACAGAGAUAGUAAGGCUGUAACCCAAUGAGGAUGGACCCAAACAGGAGUCAUAUGACUGGAGUAUUAAAUCUCACUGUUGAGAUCAUCUAUAUGCUGACUGGUGAGGAUUAUACAGUUGUAAAGAAGACAUCUGGGAGGAAUAACAGGCACAGUAGCAGUCCUCUUGUUUUGGAUGGAUUGAGCAGGACCCAGAGCCCUGUUGUGGAGCCUCCACCUCACUCCCUGAUAAAUGAGAGAAACAAUGAUAAGAAGAUCCUGGAACUCACCAACAAGAUCAUUCAUCUGCUGACUGGAGAGGUGUGGCAAUAUUUAGAAGGACAGAAGAAUCUGUACAAGUAUGUCAUGAUGGAUAAUCCUCAGCUCCUCACAUCACUGGAUUUAUCAGAGACCCGAAAUGAGGAUCCAAUCUCUUGUGAAGGAGAAAAUGUGACAAAUAGUGACAUUUUUACCCCCAGAGAUUAUACACCAUAUACAUCUACUCAUAUUAAGGAGGAAUCUGUUUCACGUGAAGAAGAAAAUCUUGCAGACCCGGACAGCUAUACACCCACCAAUCCUACACCAUAUACGUCUACUCAUAUUAAGGUGGAAUUGGCCUCCUAUGAAGAAGGUAACCUCACACACACUGACAUGUAUACUCACACAGAUGAUACACAACAUCCAUCCACUCCUAUUAAAGAGGAAUCUGUCUCAUGUGAACAAGGAAAUCUGCCUGAUGCGGACGUCUAUGCAGCCAAAGAACAUAGAGAGAUGUACUGUAGGCUUACCCACAUAGACGGGAAUAGUAGUGAGUACCCUAAUAGCCAGAAAUGUGAAGAUAAAUGCAUCAGCACCGUCUCUGAUCUUGUAGAACAGACAGAAAAUAAGAUUCCUUCUAAACCUUUGCUGGUAAUAAAUCGGAGACCUCCAACAGGAAAAGAACAGUAUCCACAUACUGAUCAUGGUAGUUGUUUUUCCGAUCACUCAAACUUUGCAAAACGUCAGAAACGUCAUGCAGGCAAGAAAUUUUUUACGUGCCCUAAGUGUCGUAGGCAUUUCACCACCAGAUUAGGACUUUUCAGACAUCAAAUAACUCAUAUAGGCCAGGAAAGAAAACUUGACAAUGCAUCAAGCAUGGAUCAUCCUGUUUCUGUUCCCGCCGUUGAACGUAGCAAUGCCACAUGUCCCGUACAGACUAGCAGUGUCUUUAAAUGGAGAACAAACUCCACAGAUUUAACGUUUCAUGGCUGUCAGCCUCGGAAUUCUUUCAUGAGAAACCCGGAUGAUGUGGACCGCCGGCACGUAAGUAAGGAUUUUUGUGUGGACUGUGGAGAAGUGUUUGCAUUUAAAUCACAGCCUACUUCACAACCGAGAACUCCUGUAGAAGGACCACAGUAUGCCUGUCCUGAAUGCGGGAAAUGUUUUUAUAACAGUUCCCACCUCAUUCUGCAUCAGAGAAUUCACACCGGAGAGACACCAUUUGGAUGUUCUGCCUGCGGGAAACGCUUUGCCACCAAGUCAACUCUUGUCAUACACCAGAGAAUUCACACCAGAGAUAAGCCUUAUUCCUGCACGGAGUGCCAGAGAUGUUUUCCCUGUAACUCCCAGUUAGUUAUACACCAGAGGACUCACACCGGAGAGAAGCCGUAUUCCUGUUCGGAAUGUGGCAAAGGUUUUAUCAGUAACUCCGAUCUGCUUAGACAUAGGAGAAUCCAUACUGGAGAGAGACCGUUUAAAUGUUCUGAAUGCGGGAAAUGUUUCUCCCAAAAGUCACACCUUCGGGAGCACCAGAAGACGCACAGAAAGUAAAUGUUCCGUCCUUUCGUUGUGCUUGAUUUUUAUGUUUGCAUGUGGUAGAACCGCUCUCGUUUUGCCUUAUGGUCACACAAACAAAAUGUCUAAGCUUGCUUAAAGCCACAGGGAACAGACAGUUAUAAGGGCUUAUGCAGAGGAGAAACCAAGUCCACUUUGCAGGUGCAUCUUGCGUUGUUAGCACUGUGCGGACUAGCCGAGUGCACACAUCUGCGGGCAGUCGAGAGUCCUACAGAUCUCUGCCAUGUCUGCUGAAGUGACACAACUGGGUGACAACGAGGGUUUGCAUGUCGACUAAGGACAUGCAGACAGGAUUGCGGGCUGUGCUGAAAUACUCUGCAUACAAAUAGAUAAAUCUGCUUUCAGUUGGAUCUCUGGCACCAUGGAUAAGGCAGGGACGUGCGGUGAGGUAGAUGCUUGAGGAGGCAUUGACUAGUACCAGAGCCAGAUUUACACACAAUAUAUUAGCCAAAAGGUUCAUGUGGGCAUUAUACACAGGUGCAGCAGUGUGUACUGCUGGAAGUUUAGUGAGUUUUGAUCAGAGAUAUACAGAAAAGAUAGACAGGGGGGCAGUGCCUCACCUGCCAUAGACUUUUUACCGGAGUCGCAUAGAGGAGUACAACUUUGCAUACCAAAUAUCCACAUAUGAUAUGGGGCCUGAUUCAGAGAUGUACUCCAUGAUGAUGUACGCAUUGGAGCAAUUCUUUUUGCCACUAGCGAUGGGCUUGCGACACUUGUUGCAGUGAGUAUUUACUCGCCAAGCGAUUGACAGUGAGAGUGUGUUGGAGGGAAGUAAUGGGGGAGCGGCGACAAAAAACACAGGCGUGUUGUGACUGCAAUCCUGUCAAAACAUCUCCGAUGUCUUACUUCCUGCGGCCAUAAGGGUUAGAAGGUCAGUGUUUGACCAAUGUGCGUUUGAGAGUUGUGUCUUUUGUGUGCAAUCGUUGGUUCAGAAACCCCGCCAGUGGGCAUCUCAAUACUAAUCCCCGUGGCUGCGACAUUUGCAUACUUUUGCACAGCCGCUGCAUACAGAAUUGCUGCUGCAAAGGCAUUUGCGUCCAUCUCUGAAUCAGGCUUAUAGCUUGGUGUACGCGGUACGAGUAGGUAAUGGUGCCUGGCUUGCGUAGAGCUCUGAAUUUGUCCCAUUGACUUUUCAUUAUUAUAAUCCUAAAAGUAGAAAAUUAUUUGAGUAUUAGAGCAAUAAAUGAGACAAAAUGUCA